CAGCGGCGGCUCCGGGUGUCGCCGGGCGGGCAGGGGGCAGCGCGGGCCGGAGCCGGGCAGGGGGCGCCCGCCGCGGCCCCCGCGCACUCCUAGCGCCCCAGACGUGCCGGCGGACUCCGACCGUCCUUGCCGCCGUCCCGCCCGCCGUCUCCGCCCCUCCACCCUUUGUGCCGCCGCCGUCCGGUGCCCCCGGCUCCGCAGGACCCCGGCCGGGCCGGACCGCCGCGGUGCGCCAGGCCCGCGUGGGCGCCGGGUCGGCGGCCGAUGGCGAGGGGGCGCGGCGCGGGCGAGGGCGCUGCAGCCGGAGUCCGCGACGCGGGAGGCCCGGCCCGCCUCCGCCGCAUUGUCCCGGGCCCCGCGCCCCGGCCCUGAGCCGCGCCGCCGCAGCGCCCGCCUGCCGCCCGCCGCCCGCGGGGCCAUGCGGAGAGCCGCCGGGAUGGAGGACUUCUCCACAGAGGAAGAGGAGCCCUGGUACGACCAGCAGGACCUGGAACAGGACUUGCACUUGGCCGCAGAGCUGGGGAAGACCCUGCUGGAGAGGAACAAGGAGCUGGAGGAGUCUCUGCAGCAGAUGUACUCCACCAAUGAGGAGCAAGUGCAGGAGAUCGAGUACCUAACCAAGCAGCUGGACACACUGCGGCACAUGAAUGAGCAGCAUGCCAAAGUGUACGAGCAGCUGGACCUGACAGCCCGAGACCUGGAGCUGACCAACCAGAAGCUGGUGCUGGAGAGUAAGGCUGCCCAGCAGAAGAUCCAUGGGCUGACAGAGACCAUCGAGCGCCUGCAGGCCCAGGUGGAGGAGCUGCAGGCCCAGGUGGAGCAGCUGCGGGGCCUGGAGCAGCUGCGGGUGCGCCGAGAGAAGCGGGAGCGCAGACGCACUGUCCACACCUUCCCCUGCCUCAGGGAGCUGUGCACCAGCCCCCGGUGUGAGGAUGCCUUCCGCCUGCACAGUUCCUCCUUGGAGCUGGGCCCGCGGCCCCUGGAGCAGGAGAACGAGCGACUGCAGACCUUGGUGGGUGUGCUGCGUUCCCAGGUGAGCCAGGAGCGGCAGCGCAAGGAGCGGGCGGAGCGCGAGUACACGGCGGUGCUGCAGGAGUACUCGGAGCUGGAGCGGCAGCUGUGCGACAUGGAGGGCUGCCGCCUGCGCGUGCAGGAGCUGGAGGCCGAGCUGCUGGAGCUGCAGCAGAUGAAGCAGGCCAAGACCUACCUGCUGGGCCGGGAGGACCACCUGGCCGAGGCCCUGCUCGCGCCCCUCACCCAGGCCCCCGAGGCCGAUGACCCCCAGCCCGGCAGCGGGGACGACUCGGCUGCCCAGGACGGCGUCUCCUCGCCGGCCGCCUCCCCGGGCCACGCUGUGCGCAAGAGCUGCAGCGACACCGCGCUCAACGCCAUCGUGGCCAAAGACCCCGCCAGCCGGCACGCAGGCAACCUCACACUGCAUGCCAACAGCGUGCGCAAGCGCGGCAUGUCCAUCCUGCGGGAGGUGGACGAGCAGUACCACGCGCUGCUCGAGAAAUAUGAGGAGCUGCUGAGCAAGUGCCGGCAGCACGGCGCCGGGGUGCGGCAUGCCGGCGUGCAGACCUCGCGGCCCGUCUCCCGGGACAGCUCGUGGAGAGACCUUCGUGGGGGCGAGGAGGGCCAGGGGGAGGCCAAGGCAGGGGAGAAGAGCCUGAGCCAGCACGUGGAGGCUGUGGACAAGCGGCUGGAGCAGAGCCAGCCCGAGUACAAGGCGCUUUUCAAGGAGAUCUUUUCCAGGAUCCAGAAGACCAAGGCCGACAUCAAUGCCACCAAAGUCAAGACGCACAGCAGCAAGUGACCCUU